AUGGAGAGGAUGAUGAAAGAAAUGGUGGUGUGCAUUGUUGUCGCACUUUCAGUACUGAUGAGCGCCCACCAUGCCAUGGCGGCAUACCCAUACCCUAGGUAUGGAAGCUUCGGCAAAAAAUCACAUAUUGUGGGUCGUGAUGGACUGUGUUUGGACAUUGCUAAGUUCGAACCCGCACAAGUUUAUAUUCAAACUCAGUUAUCGCUAUGUGAAGCUGCAAAACAGACCCAACUGUGGACCAUCCUUGAAGAUGGCACCAUUCGGACCAAAGAUUACGUAUAUUGCUUGGUUCCUUAUAAUGAUGCUUAUGAAGCCAAAGCUGUAUUGGGCAAGUGUGCUGAGUUGAUGAGAAGUGUCAAGAAGUGGAACCAUAAGAACGACGGCACUUUCGUCCAUGAAAACACGGGCUUGGUCUUGACUGCGAAACCAGACAAUUUUGUGGUAUUGGGAACCGACGUAAAUACCCCAUCUCAGAGCUGGGAAGCCACCGAGGGUCUCACCCCUUCUGUGGUUAACAUCCAAUGGCGUGAAGGUCUGUGUUUGCAGUCCAUGGAUAAUGGUGCUCCUUUUGUGUAUUUGAAUUCGUGUGAUAAAAAAAAUAAGAACCAACACUGGGCACUAUAUUCUGAUGGCACCAUCCGUGUAGAUAAUUAUGGCAAGAGAUCAGACUACUGCUUGACGUCUCAAAGAAAUCCAUCUAGUGUCAUCCUUGUGUCUAACUGUGACGACAAGGCAACACAACGGUGGGGCAUCAAUGAAGAAAACUUCAUUUACCAUCCCAACACCAACUUGGUCCUAGAUGUCGAUAGAAAACCUGAGGGAUCCCAAAUUGUUGUUAUCGACACUCGUGAUGGCACUCCUAACCAGCAAUGGACCAUACUCUGA